AUGCUUUCAAGCGAUACAGAUAAUCUCAAAUUUGAUAAACCAAUCGAAGUGACCAAUGACGACGGUGAUUCUACAGUGAAUGAAAUCAGUUAUGGUCCAGGAAUAGUUCAAAAGUUAUGUGCUCGAUUUUUGCAAUUAUCCAAGGAGCCCAAUGCAGUGCCACUCUUGCGAUCACCGCGUUUUAAACGACGAAAAUCAUCUGCAGAAAAUAACUUUGCUGUAAUCAGUGAAAUUCGUCGUUGCAACACACAAACUGUUAUCCCAUCAAAGCCUACAAAUAAUGUUAUUCCUAAUGCUACAAAAAGUGAUAUGAACUUCUGUGAUGGAGAAAAAUGUGAAUUACAUAUUGUACCACCGGUGAAGGCGGCUGAUACGGUAGAGUUGAACGGUACAUAUUUAUACCAUGCUACCGUAAUUCCUAGUGAUAUGAAAGCAAAUCGCAAAGCAAAAAAAAUCGAAUCAAUACGGGAAAAGUUCGAAAAAACUUCUGCCACCUCAUUUAUCCUUCCACAUAAAAAGCCGAAUAAAGCUCAUUUUCGACGAGAAUACAAUCUGCUUACUGUAAAUACCGAGUCUUCAAAUAGACAACCGGAAUGCAUAAAAAUGCAUGGAGAAUUGAGAAAAGCUCAGCAUGACGAGAGCUUUCAUAUAAAAGAAGACAAAAGCGAGAUGCAACCAUCAGUUUUAAGCGAUACAAUAAGGGUAGUGGUGAAAUUGUCACCAUCUAAUGAUAAUCUAACUGUCACACAGUUUUCAUCAGUUCCAACUGUAUCAUCCCUGCAAAACAUCGAUCAUUUUGAGCAGGAAGAGAUGAAUAACGAUCGGAGAGGAAGGAUUGAGAAAGAUGUUAAUAAUGAAAUAGGCCUUAAUGGAUCAUCUCAGUUUGGAGCUAUUUCCCGUAUUACAAUCAAUACCAAUACUUCAGUUAAAAUGUCUGGUAGGAAGCAAAGUGAACAGAAUGGUUUACAAGAAGUACGUCGUUUGCUGAAGAAAUUUAAUGCAAUUCGAGAACAACGAGCCAAAAAAUCUAUCCAAAAUGAUAUGAGUGAUAAAACAGACAAUCGGUAUGAUACGGGAGAUCACAAUCCGUUGAUGCAAUUGCAGGUUGCUUUAGCAAACUUAACUUCUUUUUAA